AUGAAAACGCCAAACAAAUAUUGUGCUAGUGUUUUUGUCAUGGCAAAAUUUAGGCCGACUGAAAAAGAUAAGAAAAUUAUAAGUGAAGAUAAAAAAUACGCAAUAAUUAUCAAUAAGGUUUCUCGUUUAUAUGCUAUUAGACUAAUCAAUUAUAAUGAUAAUGAUAGAGUUACAAUAAUAGCAGUUAAAAGAUUUCCUGACUUAGUAGGGUUUUAUCCUACAAAAGAAGAAGCUAAUAAUAAAGCUAAAGAUAUUGAAAUGAAGAAAGAAGUAGAUCAAUGUAUAUACGGAAUUGAAACUCAAGAAGAUAGUGUAAACAAUAAUAUAUUGAUUAUUGGGAGAACAGGUAGUGGCAAAUCUACUUUGGCUAACGUAAUUAGCAAUUCAACUGAAUUUGGAGAAAUUGUUGAUACUGUUGGAGUUUCUGAUACAGGGCUGUCCCCGAAAAUGGUUUUGAUUAAGCUUACUGAGGCCAUUUAUUCGAUGAAAGGGGAUAAAACAAGUGUUUGCGGAAUAGAUGGGAGAUUUACUGAAGAGCAAAUAGAAGCUUUCGAAAUAUUAAAAGGAAUUUUUGGUGAUAAUGUUACAAAAUAUACAACAAUUAUAAGAAUUAAUUCUUGUAAAGGCGUCGUUCAUAUUAAUGCCCCUUCAUUAACUAGUAGUGAUAGAAUACAUAGAACUAUAUCUCGAAAAAUUUUGCUAGAUUAUUUAGCUGCUUUCCAUGGAAAUUUCAAAAUGGAAUGUUGGGAUAAUAUAUGUGUUAGAAUUAAUGAUUUUAUGAAUGCAAGAAAGAAAUGGGGUGAAGAUGAAAUUUCAAAUUCAAUAUUUCAAAGAGAAUUUAUUAGAAAAGAAAUAAAAGGAAUGGAAUAUGAAGUUAUUGUAGUAGUGGAAGAUGAACUUAGGUCUAAUAUUGAGGCUAAAGUGGAAGUAUUAAAACAUUGCUGCCCAAUUAGUUAA